GUGUUAAACGUGAUAAUCGUUGAAAGUGUGCCCGCAAACAGUGGAGAGAUGAUUGGGCAGGUGAAAACGACAACACCGCGGCUGAAGCGGCUCUCCGUCGGCUUGGCGUCCAAAGACCCGACAUGUUCACCGUUUUCCACAGCGUCAUCGGAGAAACAUUACGCUGGGGACCAUGUUACACCCGGUGGCCAGCGGAUGAGUUUGCACGAAAACCUCCUAAUGCGCAUCUUGUCUACACCGAGUGAGAGUCCGCUUCAUGACCGUUCGCCUGACGAUGACGCCGUUUCGACGACUACGCCGCAACGCUCGGCAGAUGACUCGUUCGACAGUUGCCUCUCCGGAAGUGCGACGCCAGUUCUGGAGCUACUUAAUGUUGAUAGUGAGCCGCAGCCCGGCACGUCUCGGCCAGAGGGACUGGCCGCUAAUCCUCACAUGAUGAGAUUGUUCCGGGACUUGAACAGUCCUUCGGCUACCUCGCGGCUACGAGCGUUGCGUGCCUUAAAGUCUCCGUCCAAGCGCGUCGGCUACUUUAACUUCGAUGUGCCACACGAACAGCAGGAUAUCAUCACGUCCGAGGAAAGGGAUGGCCCGGUGACGCGAAACAUCAAGGACGUACUGCGGGAUGUGGUUGUGUACGUUGAGGUUCGCUCCGGAUCAGACAACCGAUCCAACGGCAUCAAACAACACAUCGCCUCGCUGGGAGCACGGGUUAAUGAGCGUCUACUGAAGGAUACAACUCACGUGAUAUUCAAGGACGGUCUGCUGUCGACGUUCCAGAAAGCGAAGAAAAUGAACAUUCCAGUGGUGUCGAUACUUUGGAUUGAAGCCUGCAAGCGCCAUACAUGCCUGAUGAACCCGAGCGAAUUUAAGAUAUCGAACCUGGAGCGCUACGAAAAUCCGGAACUGUUCAAGAGAAUCAGGCGCCAGAAAUCGAUGCAACCCGGAGCCCAAGAAAAGGCUGGCAAUAAGAAGCGUCCCGUUGUGGCCGCAAAAGGCAGCGCAGUCUUAUCUCCUCCGACAAAGCUUCCUACUCUGCACCGACUCGGGAAAAACGAUCGUUUGGAGCAGAUAUUGAACGAUUUCGACAAUCAGGUCGCUGGCACCAACUCCGAGCCGGUCGACGAAUACGAUGAAAUGUUGCGAGCUGGGCCCAUGCGAUUGCUGGAGCGUUUUCGUUCAACGCCUACUGCUAUGGAUGGGGCGAGCAUUUCUAGUCCUGCUGCUGCCAUUGGCACAGCUACCGCCGAUGACGAAAACGCCACGGACGGUACUCCCACCGGAGUGAACGGAACCACGUGCGAGCCAUUGCCCAUUUCGCGACGAGCUCUUUUCUCUGCUAUGAAAAAGGACAAAUCAGAAACGGCCACUCCCCGAACACGCCGCAAAACGAUUCUACUCAAACCUCAAAUGACGAAAGUCGCGGAAGAGCCAACCGCCUCGAAACAGCAAACUCCUGUAGCAAAGAGCAACGUAUCUAAUCGUCGCAAAACGAUCGUAGCCAGCGUCAGCGAGGACAGCGAUUCACUAUCUCCGUCAGUUUUCAACCCCGAGCGAACCGGGCGUUCCCGUCGUAACACAAUCGUGGUUACGGCGGAAAUAAACGUAACCCAACAGGGUGAACAACCUCCAAAAAAUAAGCUAGAUAUGACAACGAGCAAACUAGACAAACGUCGUAAAACGGUCGUCGACGACAAUCUUUCGGCCAGCAAAGACAACAGUCCUCCCCCGGUGGUGACCGUAUUAAGCAAACGGACCCGGCGCAAAACAAUCGCUUUCGUGAAUGAUGAAAAUACUCCACCGUCGACGACCGCGGGUCAUGCUUUGAGCGCUUUAAAAUCUUGCACCGGUGUGCAAUAUGGGUCCAUUUAUUCCCCAAAAGAUAUGGACUUCUCUCAAGCUCCAAACGGGCCAUCAUCGAACGAACUAGCCAAGGGUCCUAGCAAUGGAACGACAAUGAGUGUCUCGACAACGUCUGGAAACGACGGAACGGGAAUGUCGAUUGUUGAAAAGACGGAUGCUUCGGCCAUGGCCCAUAUUAGUGUCGGCCGGCAAACAAUUUUCGAACCACCGGCAGGGCUUCACAGCACCCAACAGUCGAUAGAGAUGGCUUUGGCUUCGCCCUGCAAUGGUUCCCGGAGACGCACCACUCUCUCAACAACACGCAGUAACACUUUUUCGGAGCCACUGCAAUUGACCGCAAGCGCAACGAAAUCGUUGUCUCUAUCGGCAUCACGCAAUUUGACACAGCACGGCAGAGGCGCACCUACCUCAAGCCCCAAGGUCACUCACGAGCCCCCAAAGACUUUGUUGCAGGAGUACCAAUCAUCGCUUAGAUUUGACUCUGCUCGGGCCCCUGAGCGCCGACGCCAAACAGUGUUCGACAUAACGAUGGACAUUGUGGAUCAGCGACUGUCGGAGAUUAACCGCCGUGCGGCUGCCGCGAAAGAAUCACGUCAGCGGACAAUGACUCCCAAAGAGAAGUCUUCCUCCGGCUCCAGUAUCGAGAUAACUCCGGCUCAACCGGAUCUCAAAACUCCGCCACCGGCAACCCAACAGACCUCUCUCAACGAGUACUUUAAAAAAACGGCGAAAUCGGUCGAAAAGUCAACCAAAUCCAACGAUUCGACCGUUCCUAACAGCACCGUGAGUGGAAUAAUGGAAAGCAGUGAAUUGACGGGCGAAAGCGUCGCCAGUGACGUGCCACGCAAACGGAAACUUUUCAACGUUCAAACACUAUCGGAGGAUGCGCUUGUCAACAAACCGAAUGGCACAACUGUGACCCCUAAACCGACACCGAAAAGACGUUCACUUGCUCCGGCAGCGAUGGCUCCCAAUUUGGCCACACAAAGUGCAAAGAAACGACGAACUACAAUGUUUUUUGUGUCGCCGGUUCCGGCUGCCGAAAGUCAAGCGGAGGCUCGCCGCAAACAACCGCAUGUCGCUAGCAGAGGACUACCGACGGUAGGAUCGCAAUAUCCAACGGCAUCGCGCAAUUACCUGGCCACAACUAACCUCCACACCGAGCAGAGCGCAUUCGUGAAGGAGGCGCUGCGCACUCUCGGUGGGUUUAUUGCGGAGCCGGAUGUAACCGACAACACAACGCACUUGGUGACGCUGGAACCACGACGCACUGUAAACCUGCUGCGUGCGCUAAUCCGUGGACUGUGGAUCGUCCGGUACGAGUGGAUCGUGGAAUCCGUUCGCCAAGAACGCUGGCUACCGGAAGAACAGUUUGAAGUGCGCGAUUUCUCGACAGCCGUACAGAUCAAUCGUAGCGAGCGGCAAGCAUUCGGUAGCAACUAUCGAAAUGCCCUGUUCGCCGAUUACGGUCCGUUCUGGAUCUCGCGCCGUUGCGCCGUACCAGCAGAACAGUUGCGCGAAAUACUGUUGCUAUGCCGUGCAAAAGUUGCCGAAAGUCGUACCAAAGCAAAGUAUCUCAUCGUACCGCAGGCACCAGACCGGGACUAUCGGACAAACGAGCAACAGAUUUGCAUCGAUCCCCUCUGGAUUCUUGAUAGUAUUACCGUUAAUAAGGUAAAGAAACUAUCGACAAAAUAUCGUGUCCAUCAGUGA